AAAAAAAAAGAAUUUGUAAACACUAAACAGAAACAUACAAGUACCUAUCUUUUCUUAUAAUUUAAUUAUUCUGUUAGAGAAUAAGACAAAAAGCGCUCUGAAUUAUAAGUUUUAAAUCAUGGAUGAAAAACAUAUAAGAAAACGUAAGCUAACCGAAGAAAAUGGUACAGAAAUUUCAUCGAAAACCUCAAAACCAGCAUCGAUUCAGUGUCCAUAUCUAGACACUAUUAACAGACACGUCUUGGAUUUUGAUUUUGAAAAACUUUGCUCAGUUUCUCUUACCAGGAUUAAUGUUUAUGCAUGUUUAGUAUGUGGGAAAUAUUUUCAGGGGCGAGGAACAAACACACAUGCUUAUACACACUCAGUUGCGGAAAGCCACCAUGUAUACUUGAAUCUCCACACUCUUAAAUUCUACUGUUUACCAGAUAAUUAUGAAGUUAUAGAUUCUUCUCUGAAUGACAUCAAAUAUGUUCUUAAUCCAAUCUUUACAACAGAACAAAUUAAACAAUUGGACUAUAACACUAAAAUGUCUCGGGCUAUUGAUGGAACAAUGUAUAUGCCUGGCAUUGUGGGACUUAACAAUAUAAAAGCCAAUGAUUACUGCAAUGUUAUACUACAGUGCUUAGCUCAAGUAAGGCCUUUAAGGAAUUAUUUCCUACGUGAAGAGAACUAUGCUGAUGUGAAGAGACCACCGGGUGACUCUUCUUUUCUACUUGUGCAAAGAUUUGGAGAACUCCUUCGUAAGCUGUGGAAUCCAAGAGCAUUUAAAGCACAUGUGUCUCCACAUGAGAUGUUACAAGCUGUAGUGCUUUGGUCUAAGAAAAGAUACCAGUUCAUUAAACAAAGUGAUCCGAUAGACUUCUUGUCAUGGUUUCUCAAUUCAUUGCACAUGGCUCUCAACGGUACAAAGAAAACCAACAGCUCUAUCAUUUAUAAGUCAUUUUUGGGACACAUGAGGAUUUAUACAAGAAAGCUUCCACCACCAGACGCGGAUGACGCAGCAAAAGUAGAUUUAAAUAGUGAAGAGUACAGUGAAAUGAUAACGGAAUCCCCCUUCCUCUACUUAACCUGCGACUUACCUCCAACACCACUGUUUACUGAUGAGUUCAGAGAGAAUAUCAUUCCGCAGGUCAAUUUAUAUCAACUUUUGUCAAAAUUCAACGGCCAGGUAUCAAAGGAAUAUAAGACAUACAAGGAGAAUUUCUUAAAGAGAUUCGAAAUUACACAGCUACCGCCAUAUUUGAUACUUUACAUUAAAAGAUUUACUAAAAAUACAUUUUUUGUUGAAAAAAAUCCUACAGUCGUGAAUUUUCCUGUUAAAAAUGUAGACUUCGGCGACAUCCUGACACCAGAAAUAAAAGCAAAACAUAACGGUAAAACAACAUAUGAACUGGUGGGGAACAUAGUUCAUGAUGGAACACCUGAGAAGGGCACAUACAGAGCCCAUGUUCUGCAUAAACCAACACAGCAGUGGUAUGAAAUGCAAGAUCUUCAUGUUACAAGUAUUUUGCCGCAAAUGAUAACAUUGACUGAAGCCUAUAUACAAAUAUAUGAGUUAAACGAAGAUUAGUUUUAAGAUUAUUUAAAUAAAAUUAUUUAAAAAAAA